CCGACUGGAACAAGUUGCUGAUCGCUGGUGCCAACGCCCGGCGAAACAGACGGCUAACGUUAGCUAGCGGAGACACGGAGGGACAUUGUUGCUAACGUGCCAGCAGAAAGCACAGAGAUGCAGACUAUCAAAUGUGUGGUGGUGGGUGAUGGAGCAGUGGGUAAAACCUGCCUUUUGAUUUCAUACACCACCAACAAAUUCCCCUCUGAAUAUGUACCAACGGUUUUCGACAACUAUGCAGUAACUGUAAUGAUCGGGGGUGAACCAUACACCCUUGGAUUAUUUGAUACAGCAGGUCAGGAGGAUUACGACAGAUUACGACCACUAAGCUACCCACAGACAGAUGUCUUCUUAGUCUGUUUCUCAGUUGUUUCACCUUCCUCGUUUGAGAAUGUUAAAGAAAAGUGGGUUCCUGAAAUAACUCACCACUGUCCCAAGACCCCGUUCCUGUUGGUAGGCACUCAGAUCGACCUGCGUGAUGACCCCUCCACAGUGGAGAAGCUAGCCAAGAACAAACAGAAGCCAAUCACCCCCGAGACAGCAGAAAAGCUGGCUCGAGACCUUAAGGCAGUCAAAUACGUCGAGUGCUCAGCCCUAACGCAGAAAGGAUUAAAGAAUGUGUUUGAUGAGGCAAUACUGGCUGCCCUGGAGCCUCCUGAACCUAAGAAAAGACGUAAAUGCGUUCUGCUCUAAGUUUCGUCGCAGCCUUCUCUCCACACCAGUUUCCAAAUCUAGGUUAGCAGUACUGAAGAGGUUUGUUGCACAAGCACAUUCCAGCGUGAGUUGAGAUAUUAUGAAAUAUUUGCAUUCUGACUGACUUAACCUAAAUACAUAUUCAAUGUGUUGAACAUGAUUUUCAGAGUAACAUUUGAUGAUGUUUGUGAUGAUGCGAUGCCACUGAAAUGUUCUCACGUGAUGUGAACACUGAAUACUUACAAUACCAUAGGUGACCUGUCAGGUUGUUCACAUUAUGUUCAUGUUAAUUUUGAAGUGAUAUUCUCAAAGAACUUGCUAUGAAAUGGUCUUUUAAUAGAAUUUCUGUUUUUUAUGACUGUCCUGUAAAACACAACACAAGCUGAUAAGGUUGAGUUAGUGAGCUGCUCCAAUUAUGUCUUAGUAUAUCUCACAUCUUUUUUUUUUUAAACUUUCAAGUAAUUCCAUCAAAGUUGAUUUAUACGUUCAAAAAUAUAGUUCAUUCAAACAGUUUGUUUAAUUCUGACAGCGUGUGGUUGAGACCGCAUUGUCAUAGAACGUAAACAUUUCCCAAUAAUUUAAGAAUAAUGCAAAGGGUUAAUAAAAGUUGCUGCAUUUUACCCCUUUUUACAUAAUUUCAUGUUCAAUGUCGACAUAGCCUCCAGGUGAAUCUGAGAAAUAUUUGACGUCUGACAUUUCUAGGCUAUGCUCCAUCGUACCACAAGUUUGCCAAAAAAAUAAGCUGAUAAAUUGACACGUGUCAAAGUAGAAAUCUGCAGAAGCUGACAAAGAAAUAGGAAACGUAUGAAGUUUUAAAUAUGUUAGCACGCAAGAUUGGAAGUCAAAAAUAGCAACUAUUAAUUAACAUGCAAGCAGAUGGAGAACAACAGUCUCCCAGUCAUUUACUUUUUUUGACAGAUGUGCGUUAACAAGAAGGUGAUGUGUGUCCUGAAUGCUCCUCAAAAGUUGCAGGAGCUGAACUUUUGAGGAGCAUUUCAGCCUAUAACCCCGGGCUAAUGAACCGUUUUGUAAACCGAACAUACUCGCUGCUGAAGUCAGACAGUAACACGUUGUGACAGUUCUUACAAAAAUGCUAUACAUAGUUUGAAACCCUGUGAAGAAUUUUUGAGUGACUGAACUAGCACUAUUUGCAUUUGUCUUUUACUAUAACAGCGCCUGGAUGAUGGGCUUGAAUUUGAUCUGUAAAUAUAGUGAGUUUAACUCAUAACUUAUUGACUGAAUACAAUGUGUGCAUUACUGAUCCAGAGAUUUAGAGGAGCCGAGGUGACGCUGAAAACAAGGAAGAUGUUGAGAGUUUCUUGGACUCUUUGGUUUUUAUUCAAUUUGACAUUAAAGUUGUACUGUAUCUUGCUUGUGAUAAAGCAUCACAAUAAACCAGUAUUAUGAAUAAACCUAACUUCAAAUACUAAA